GUUUGUUCCACAGUUUGUAACGAUUUCAUAUGUUGUUUGUUCCACAGUUUGCGAUUUCUGUUUUAUAGAUGAGACGUCAAUCAUUUCACGAAACUCGAUAGGAUAAGACUCCCGAGAGGUUUUGAUUGGAAAACCUAGUGCACUUAUAAGCUGGAGAACAAAUCAAUUCUAUAGCGAGAUCACCGCAUUUAACAACAAGUUCUAAACGAUCUUAAAGACGAUUAUGUCAUCCAAAUAUCAACGUCCCAAUGAUGGAUUUAAAAACAAAACAGUUCUCUCAAAAGAAAUUGCCAACGAUCCAGAUGAGACUCCACCGAAGAGUGUCUCUGUUGACAGGCCACCGAAUAAACCCCCAAAAUCUGCUGGACAGAAUACAAAUACUAAGACUAAGAAGGGAAUGUCUCCGACAUCUGCUCUGCGGAUGGAGUCUCAAAAUUCGCCUCAAAAGCCACCGAUGUCUGCUGCAAGGCGGGGAUCGCAAAAUACACCACCAAAGGCAACAUCUGCUGGUGUCAAAAGAGCGUCUCAAAGCACUCCACCUAGAAGAGUGGAUGCAUCAGGCACACCGCCAAAGUCUACAAAUAAACGAGGAACAAAUGGUACACCUCCAAAUGGUGUCAAUAGAGGUGAUCAAAAUACAACGCCAACAUCUAUCAAAGAAAGCCAACUUAUUAAAUCAACUAAAAAGAAGGCAAACGCGUCGUCUGCGUUAGUUGGAAAAACUCCAAAAUCAACAAAAGAAACAAACUUAAACCCAAAAGAAUCGGACAAGACCACUCUGAGGGGGAAUGAGAGGGUGUUGAAGUGUAAAUUUCUUCUUCAGGAUAUCCUUCUUUACGUUGACCCUGUCAACAUUGGAAAAUGCAGUAUGGUCUGUAAACUAUGGAAAACGUAUCUUUCCAGAAAAGAGCAGAAAUUCUGGUACAAGUGGGCCCAGUAUAAUUUUGAUGUUAGACCAGGUAUGCUGACUGGAUGUUUGGACGACUGGUCUCAUGGCUGCCGCUUUCUUCAGAAACAAGUCAACACAUCCAAACAACGAACGGUCUUCACGUGUGUGCCAUCUCGAUGGAAUUGUGGAAUCAUUGUACCAAAUACAUUUGUACCAUACGGAUUUGAUCCCAAUCCAGAUAUCGACUAUAUGUCUCUUGCAACUGCUGUCCACAAACUUACAACUCUUCUUCACAAGUCUCAACUUGUUGAAGCCAAAUGUGUGGCUGAUGGUAAUGAACGGGACUCUGACAUUGAAGUUGUUCUUAUGCCAUGGAAGGGCAAAAAGCUGCCCAAGCCACUGGAUGUACUAAGCAUGUUGCACGUUAGUGAUGACGUUAUAAAGAGUGCGAGUGAUUCAGAGACUAUUCAUAUUGAGCCUGACGACCCAGAAGAUCUCGAGGAAAGUUUUCUAGUUGAAGAUAUCGAAGAACGCGAUGCCUACUAUGAAUGGUUGGCUAAAAUUUUUAAAACUUCGUUCAGCUUUCAAGCUGGUGAAGAUGUUCUUUCCCACAGGAUGCACUUUUUUCUGACAAGAAUUAAUUCUGAAUAUAUUGGCGGGCUUAUAGCCGCCACUACUUAAAGUUCAAUAGAUGUGAAAAGUGACUGUACAAAAAUAGUGAACACUUUUUUUUACCUAAAAUUCAACACUAGUUAGGAGACAAGUUUGCCGGUAAUACUAUAUAUGAUAGAAAUCACAAUUCUAAGUAAAUCGUGUUUUUGUUAUGGGCCCACCCGGUAGCUGUGUAUAUCGGACCAAUUAAAACAUUUAAUAAUAAAUUAGCUGUUCUUGUGAAAAUUGAAAAGAAGAUAAGUCUAAUCUGCCAUUAAUUAAUCAUGAGAUUAGAUUAUGGCCACUAAAAUAUCAUGUAAAGUUGUGCUGUGAUGUAUCUGGGAUAUGUACAGGGUGGGCCAAAAAACAA